AUGGCAGUGAUGGCAUCAGGCUUUACAGCUUCCACCCCAGGAAUGGUCUAUGCAAGUUCUUCUCUCCAUCACCGUGAAAGCACAUGGGAACUACAAACACCCGAGAUUUUCUCCUGCUCACACCCGCCACGCUCCAGGCUGCUGUCUCAGGGGGAAGCCAAGCCACCAGAAGUGAUUUUAGGAGCGGCUCGCUCCCCGCAGCUCCCCACCACGUUACACCGAAGAACCCCCCCGCGGGAGGCGUGCCGGGAGAGCCCCCCGCCGCCGCAGCCACGCAGGUGCCGCCGGGGCCGCCUGCCCAGCACCCCCGGCCGAGGGCGGGACCCGACCUACGCGCCUCCGCCGGGGGUGGGGGGAAAGCGCUGCUUCGCCCUCCCCGGCCGAGAAGCCGCGGGCGGCGAGGCGCACCGAGACCCGCCGCCACCUCCACACCCCCGCGGCCUCCCCCCGGCCGGGGGCAGCGGCUGCCGGAGGCCGAGGCGGCGGGAGGCGGGGGGAGGGCGGCGAGGACCCGCCGGUGCGCCGCCGCCCCCUCCUCAGCGCCGCCGCCAACGGCCGCAACGGCCACCGGGGCCGGCGCGGCGCGGCGCGGCCCCGCCCCCUGUGUGGGCGUGGCCGGCGGGGCGUGGCGGGGGCGUGGCCGGCGGGCCGGGCGGCUUUGGCGCGGAGCGGCGACAGCAGCCGUGA